AGCAAAUCCGGCUGCCCAACCUUCUAUUCUUAGUUUUCUUACCAUUUCUGGGAUUCUUUCUCAACACUACUUCCAAAUUUUGCUCUGAUUCAAAUCCUCCUCCAAAUUCCCAUUUCAUUUAUCUAAUUGUUGCAAUUGACUAUUUGAUGGAAUGAUGCGUUUCAGAUAACCCAAACGAAAAAGGUCUUCUUUUUUCCUUUUUCUCAACAUGAUGGAGCUGAACGGAAAUUUCCUGCCGCAGUUUAGAGUCCGCUCCACCCGUUUCGGAUUGCAUCCCUCCACCAAACACCAGCCUCUGCUUGUUGUCGCAAUAUUUACUGGGGAACCUCUUCCUGCUCGGCACUAUCGGUGGAAGAAUCUCGAAGUUCACUGUAAUAAAGAAAAAAGCAAACAGAAUUUGGCUCUUCCUAAGAAUGAGAUAUCAAAGCUACAUGAGCUCUCAUUUGAUCGUCCGCAGCUUACUGACCACGAAUUUACAGGGGCCCGAAGGCGAGAAUUUGGUCAUUUUGUUGCUCGUGAUGCUAUAUUGGACGAAGAAUAUUGGACAGCAGCAUGGCUCCGAGCAGAAGCCCACUGGGAAUCCUUUUCUUAUAUGAGGCAUAUUGAUAGUUACAAAAGAAAGUAUGCUGAGGAGGAAUUUUAUGCUUUGAAGCGAAGAUGUCAUGGACAAGAGGGGAAGUCAUUGAACUGCUUCUGUUUUGUUGCAAUUAAGAAAGAAGAUAAAAAUGUCAGAAGAACAGUCCUGAACAGUAUCGUGGGAACAUUGGAUCUAAGCAUCAAGCAAUUCAGGCAAGGGGAAACACAUCUCGGGAAAACAAAGAAACAUUCUGCUGUUCUGGCUGUCCAAGAGCCUUUAGAUACCUGUAAAUAUGCUUACAUCGCUAAUGUUUGUGUGGCAAAGUUUGCUCGCCGCCGGGGCAUUGCUUCAAACAUGUUAUACUUGGCUGCUGAUGUAGCCACAACGGCAGGGAUGAAGCAGCUUUUUGUUCACGUGAAUGCAGAUAACAAUCCCGCCCAGGAUCUGUACAAAAAGAUUGGUUUUGAAGUGGUUGAGGAGGCUUCUUCUUCAACUUCGGACGAUGAUAAGAUACUGAUGUCCAUGGAACUGUGAUCUGGUGAUGUACAUGUCUAUAUUCAUUAAGUCAAGUACUUGUUGGUUUUCUGUGUGUCUACUUUUUAAUACUCUACUCCAUGAUUAGGUAUAUAUAUAUAUACAUAGAAGGUUUAGCACAAGUUAGCAAACUGUAAUUACAAUUGUAUUUGUACAUGAAUUAGAUAGUUCAAUUAGGCUGCAUGCAUGUUGCAUUGCAUUCCUGUGUAAUAACAAUCGAUUUGUCUCACCCAUCCCAUCUAAAAUAUGUAAACUCUUUUUAGUCUGAUUUCA